CUUCUGGAACGUCAAAAUUGCAGUUUUCUUCCCGUGCUUAAAACCUUGGGAAUAAGACUUUCGGAACUUAUCAUUCUUAUGGUUCAUUGUUUGUUACUUCGUCUGUUUAUCAAAGAUGGAUUUUGAUAGCAAAGCUGGUCCCUCAAAAAUAGUUAGAUAUGGCGAUUCGGACUACGAAGAAACUUUGCUGAAAUGGGCUGCUGAGGUGGAUGAGGAAAAUGAAAACGGCAGUGGUAUUGAUUCUGAUGCCGAAUUCAUUUACAGUGAUAAUGAGAGCGUUCGGAACAAGAAUGGACAGAGAUUGCGGAAGACUUUCUACUGAAGAAGAUGAGACAUCGAACCGCGUUUCUACAAGAAACUAUUUCUAUGGAAAAAAACCAUUUCAACUGGUUUGCGUGGACUGUGCAAAAUGAAAAAAUUACUUUGGAAAACCUACUGCACGUUUCCAGAAUAUUACCUUCACGUUAAUUUCUAAUCGUUAUAAGUAUUCUUUUUCAUGUUUUUAACGAGUUUUGUAUGAAAACUACCUAGCAAGUUAAUUUUUUUAUGUUAAAAAGUUACCAAAAAUGUUAUUGUAAAUAUUCACGACAAUUGUGUGCAAUAAAUACAUUUCUUUAAAAUC